AAAUUAUUUAUUCUCAUAACUGGUGCUCAACCAAUUUUCCCGGCGCCGGCAACCACCACCCCUCCCUCUCUCCCACCCAUGGCAUCCCAGCCUCCCUCUUUCCCCACCCUCACUCUUCCUCUCAAAUUCUCUCGCACCAUCUCCACUCUUAAUACUUCUCCGUCGCGCCGGAAAACCACCGUCGACAACCACCCAGCCACGAGGUAAAUGUUUCACUUCCUCUUCCUCUCUCACUGUUCCAUCUUGCUUAGAGUUUUUGAUUCAAUUUUAUGAAACAAAUUGGAGCGAAAUUGGUUCAUCAUUAUUUAUGGCUUACCGUAUCUUACAAGGAUAAUUAUUAACAAAAUCAUCUUUGUUAUAGGCUUGACGUAUCUUACAAUUAUUUUACUGUUUUGUUUCUAUCUAUUAGAACCAGUUUCGCUCCAAAUUGUUUCACCGGUACUUUUUUGGUUCCAAUGUAGUGGGUAUGGUGGUAGAGGCAGCGGUGGUAGUGGGAACUGUUACAGCUGUGCACAUGGCGAAUUUCCACAUAAGAGAUUGAGAAUGAGGUUAUUACUGAGGACUUGAGGAAUUCGGAGUUUGAUGUCGACGAGUAGCUCUGUAAGUGCGGAUUUUGAUGUCGGAGACACGCCGGUGGCGAUACAGUGAUGGCAGUGGUGCCUGGGUGGAGGGUUUGAGUUUUUUUUUUUAAAAUUUAUUUUGUUAAUUUAAAAAGGAUAAGUAAAGGAAAAUAGAAAAAGUGACCGGUUAGAUAGGUCAAAGGUCAUUUGGGUUUACUAAGACAAAAAAAAGAUAAAUUUAGGUUUAUUUUGGGCAGAUUUAAAAGUUUAUCUAUUGUGAAAGAACGGAGCAAAGAUUGGUUCGUUUUUGUUAAAUUUUCCUAAGUAAAAAACAAAGGGAGUAAAAAAGAAAGAAGAAACUAAGCUAGAAGACAAUAAGAAAGACACUGGUGGAGUCUGUAGCACUCUACAAUCCUACUCAUUUCCGGGAACAACAAUUUACAAGCACCUACGCCCACGCCCUACAGCAGCCUCUCUCAGUAUUCACACCUAAUCCUUAUAUCUUUUUUAUCACGAGCUGAAGAUCGACAAACAAAAUUUUUAAAUAAAUACAUAAAUAAAUAUAAAAACUAUUAGUAGGCCCUCCGUUUUUUAAAUCUAUGGCUGACCGACCGACUACUUGGAUAAAAGCGAAGAAGACGACGUUUAGAAACAAAGAAAGGCAACAAACAAACCAAUUAUUCUCUCAAUACUCUCUUCUCAUACUAGUUUAUUUUGGUGUUUUCCUGUAAAAGGGGCGAAGCUAAGAUCAAAACAAAAACAGUUCAACUCGAGCUUUCGCCUUAAUUAGUUAAUUCUAGUGAUGGUAGUAGUUACCAAGUUAAGUAUAUUGUAAUAAUAGUAGUAGUAGUAAAUUAGUUUUAGUGCUAGCUUAGUUUUCUUGUUGUUUUGGUAUAAUCCGAACAGAUCAUUGAAUACUUGAUCGAAUCGAGUUAACUCGAAACAGUCAUAUAUACACCCAAAAUACAUACUAAUACUAGUAUCUUUGUUGCUUUCCUUUCUUACCAGACCUCUUAAAUUUUAGUGAUUUUUCUUGGAAGUUUGCUGUUUUUUUUUUUUUUUUUUUUUUUUUUCUUCAGGAGUUUGAUAUAAACUUCCAAAACCCAAGCAAAUAACAAUGAAUUUGCAAGGUAUUGGAGAUGGUUUUUCUUUACGUUCGUCAAUUACAGGAUUUCCUCAUGAAAGUCUUAUUCAACAACAACCACUACUCAAUAACUCUAACCCUAAACUUUCUUCGAACAACAAUAAUAGUAAUAAUCCUCCGGUUUCGAAGAAGAAGAGAAAUCUACCAGGAACUCCAGAUCCAGAUGCGGAAGUCAUCGCUUUAUCACCCAAAACGCUUAUGGCAACAAACCGAUUCAUUUGCGAAAUAUGCAACAAAGGUUUUCAAAGAGAUCAAAAUCUUCAACUCCAUCGGAGGGGUCACAAUUUACCAUGGAAACUACGACAACGAACGAACAAAGAAGUAAAGAAAAAGGUAUACAUAUGCCCGGAGAAAACAUGUGUACACCACGACUCGUCUCGAGCUCUCGGUGAUCUUACCGGAAUCAAAAAACAUUUUAGCAGAAAACACGGUGAGAAAAAAUGGAAGUGCGAGAAAUGUUCUAAAAAAUAUGCAGUGCAAUCAGAUUGGAAAGCUCAUACUAAGACUUGUGGUACUAGGGAGUAUAAAUGUGACUGUGGUACACUUUUCUCUAGGAAAGAUAGUUUUAUCACACAUAGAGCAUUUUGUGAUGCCUUAGCUGAAGAUAAUGGGAGGAUUACUUCAUCAAUUGUACCUCCAACUCUAAGUUUCAAAACUGUUACUAAUAAUAAGCCUAUAAUUGCUCCUCCUCCUCAACCCGGUUUUCGUCACGAGUUUGUAAGUCAAGGGAUACAAGAUCAUGCUGGUGGAAUUUCACCGUUUAACUCGCUUUUCCGGCCCGAUUUCAACUCCAUGGCCGGUGGCAAUACUCUUACAUCAGGUUUUCCUGAGAUGGUGCAAAUAGCAGCGCAGACUAAUCUUUUCGGCUCAUCUUCCAUCCCAAACUUUAUGAUGAACAAUCAAUUUUCAUCCUUAGACAGGAAUGCUACCACUCCAUCCAUCACUGCAAGUCUCUCCCUAUCAUCCUUCCCGCCCGCGAUGAAGGAAGAAGGAAGAGAGAACAAUAACAAUGCUGGUAUGGCUGAAGGCAUGAGCUCUAUAUAUUCACAUGAUCAAAAUAACUCUUCUUCUUCUUCGUCAAACCCUUCAACUCCCAUGUCAGCCACCGCACUCCUACAAAAAGCAGCUCAAAUGGGUUCAACAAGGAGUAACCCUUCUUUUCUUGGUACAUCUCUUGGAGUCAUGACAAGCUCACCAUCUACCAAUAACAUCACUUGUAAUGAGCCACAACAAGUAUACCAUAUCCAAGUUGACCCAACUCAUCAUCAAGAGAAUUUAUCAGGCGCCCCAAUAUCCAAUACUAGGGCGUCUGAUGCAGGUGUUGGUGGUGUUGGUGGCAAUAGUACUGGUCUAGUUGGGAGCUCAAACAUGGGUGCCAUGAAUGCGACUUCUGUGAGCAACCUUAGCCAGUUGAUGAUGCACUCGAGUGCAAAUUCGGUGCACAAUACUUCAAACCAACUUAAAAAGCUCCCUUCUGUCUCAAAUGGUCAAACUAGAGACUUUCUUGGCAUGGGAGCUGGCGAUGGAAGCGGUCGCCCCUUUUCGCCACAAGACCUUGCCAAUUUUGUGUCAAUUAGCUCAGCUAUGGGACUCAACCAUUUUGGUCGUCACAAGUAGUAGCUUUUGAUUAGCAACUAUGUAGCUAUUAAGGAAUGUAAGAUUACCAACAAUAAUCAGGGUAAAUGAGGUUGUGCAGUAAGAACUUGUUCAACUCCAUCCUGAUUGUUGAAAAGAAAAGGUAGGGUCGAAAUCUAGCUUGUUGUCCAUGCUAUUGCUGCUGUCAUCGUAUGUUUUUUCAUAAGUAUAUUUUUCCACUUAUUAUGUAGUCCCUUAGAAAUGAUACUGCUGGCCUUAUAUAUUUUGGGAGAAAA